AUGUGGCGCCUGCAAGGUAAACAUAACCUUAUGGAUAUUGGGUUUGGAUGCUUCAUCAUCCGUUUUGAUAAUAGAAAAGAUUAUCUACAUGUGUUGCUUGACGGCCCUUGGAAAAUCUUUGAUAACUAUCUGGUUAUUCAAAGAUGGGAGCCGGAGUACAGACCUAGAACGGCGCGGCUCAAGAAAAUGGCGGUGUGGGUUCGACUUCCGGAACUUCCGGCUGAAUAUUUUAGAGACGAUUUAAUCAAAUUGAUUUUGGAAAAUGUUGGAAAACCGUUGAAGCUAGAUCGAACAACCCUCGUGAAAGAAAAGGGACGUUUUGCUAGAGCAGCAGUAGAGGUCGACCUCAACAAACCUUUGGUGACGGAAAUCUGGGUGCGUGAUUCCGUCCAAAUGGUUGAGUACGAAGGCCUCCAUGUGGUCUACUUUGGAUGUGGAGUAGUUGGCCACCGUGAAGAGGCUUGUCCGCUAACUGCGCCCAAAACUCCCGUAUCAACAAACAUGGAGACUAGCGUGACUCCCGAACAAGAUCCCCAGGGUUUAAAACAGUCGGAAUCUCCACCGCCAACCAAGAGCCCGGUGCCGAAGAAACGCAAGUAUGGGACCUGGAUGUUGGUCACGAAGAAAAAUAAACCGACUAAGCAGCAAAAAAAACCGCAGAUGCCAACGAAACAGAAGGGGACGCCCGUGACCUUCCAUGGCAACAGAUUCGGUGCGUUGGCUGAGGAUUACACUAUUGGAGAAGAGACUGCUUCGACUAGAAGGAAGGGGUCAGCCUUUGAAGUGGGUGAGAGCUCCAAAAACAAAUCAGUGUACCAAGCCAAAGCCCCUCAACCUCAGAACCGCUACUCUCAACCUCAGAACCAUCACCCUCAACCUCAGAAUCGUCAACCACAGCCUACCGCCGGGCGUUCCGCUUCCAACGCCAAACCGCGUCAACCUCCGCAUGUGCAGAAGAGCAGUCGGGGAGGUGGUCAGGUGAACUCGAGAGGCAGAGCGUAA